UUGUUGGAGGACGUGCAGUCGAUUGAUCAAGGUCCGUUGAGGUAAGUUAUUUAAACAUCUUUUACAAUUCUCUACAGAAUAUGCAUGGUUAUGUUUAAGAGAUAUAGAUGGUAUACAAAAUAACUUUUGAUGGCAAAAAAUAUAUGACCUCCUUAGUUAACAAAAUCUGUCAAUUAAAAGGCCAACAAAAGAAAACCUACGAAGGAGAGACAGAGUUUAGCUAUGACAUGCCGGCUGAAUGGGUAAGAGUGCAAGUUGAUAAACUUCUUGUCUUCAUUAGUACCUUGAGAGAACCAGCUAACAAAAUCUCUUCGCACGUACAAGGAAUCGGCCAGGGGUGGCGCAACGUUUUGUUACUACUUGAACCUAACCGCAGCAUUCAUUAUUCAUUGUCAAAAAGAAGAAUGCUAUCAAACGUAGCAAGAAGAGAAGACACCCGUGGUGAGAAUUUACUACCCCCCACCCAAAAAGUAAAAGGUCAUUGCUACACAACGGAAAAGAAAAGAUGGUAACGUAACAUUUUAAACCUAAUUAGUUAAUCUUGUUUGCAUACAUGCGUAUAUUAAAAUUCAAGAAUUUGUGCCUGUAUUUUUUUAUCAUCUCUUCACCUUUUUGCUAGAUAAUCAAAUGAAAUCCAAAUGUAUGUAAAACAUGACGACAAACUGCUUUAGCAUUAAUUAAAUUGGCCAGAUUUUAUAAAAUAGGAUAAAUAAUGGAGUUUCGAACCAUCACAAUUUGGCCCCCUUUAUUUCAGUACAACUGCAACUUUUACGUUCAUCCAUCUUUAAGGUUUUGAAUAAUUAUACAUAUGAGGAGGGUGCGACAUAAUUAGCCACGCGGACAGCAAUGGCAAUGAAAACCUGGCAUACUCGUCCUUGGGGAAUAUUGUUUAUGAUUUGAUUCACAGAGGCAGUAUGUGUAUGUAACUUUAAAGUGAAUUAAGUUCGACUUUACUACGCCCCAAGACUGGAAAAUGAUCCUAGAGAAACCGAACUCUAUCAGUUUCAUCUGGAAAUGGGCAUUUGACAACAAUAGAGCAUCCAUCGAAUUAGCUGUAUCGCAGACAAACAAUACAAUAUACCUCACUGUGAGGGCGCAUGGAAAUGAAACAAUUUUAUCAGAUUUUGAUUCCAGUUCCUUAAGUAUGAAGACACAAAUUUCUUCUGCGCUAAACCUCAGUGACACGUCCUCAAUUUGUAACGGUGUUUCUCUACCUCAUGGGGAGAAUUUAGAGGGCCUUGCACCGCAUAUAAAGGGAUCUUGCAAAGAUCUUACUGCAGAUGCAGACUAAACUCGUCGCCUAUAAUGCACUUUUCAACAAAGUGCAAAGUAUUCUCUUUGCCCGGCGGUCGUUGUGCUGAAAGCAAAAAACUACUCAGGGUUCAUACCUCGAGAAAGUGUAGAAUGGAGAAGCAUACAGACAUCAAUCCCUGCUAUGGCAAAAGGUACUUGAAAAAAGAAGUGAAUUAACCAUUGGAACAGGAGAAAAAUGAGGAAGAAAAAGCCCUGAAGAGAGAACAUUACUGGAGGGAGAAAUUGGAGAAUGAGGCGAUUCAGUAGGAUGAAGAAGAUCACGGUGACCUUUCCGUGUUCCUAAUUAAUGUGUCGAAGAAUAAGGUUCCAGCUGAAAUGAGGUGCCUCCGGGAACAACAAAAACAGCUAACUUAAGACAAAGAGUGAGAACAGUCAGAGAUGGCAUCUAAAGUAAGUGAUCACUUUGUAUUAGAAAAUAAGUAUUUGUGGUCUUAAACAUAUAUGUGGCUAAAUGUAAUUUAGGCAAGGUUAAAUGAGAGACAAUGCUGGCCAGCGGUCUCCACCAGUAAUCGUAUGUGGGGCGGUCUUAAGGUUUAGCAGGGUCUCAGUGAUUUUAUAGCGCUUUUGCAGGAGUCAAUCAAAUUGCUCAUGUUGCUUUUCUGUGCAGUAGUUAUAGUUCUUUUUUGCCGUGUUGGAUCUUCCUUUAGUUUUGUCACUGUUCCGCGUACAGGUACGUUUUCUUUUAUCAUGACUUCAGGUCCGACCAAUAAUAGUUCUCAGUUGCUGUUUGAUGAGUCGUCUGCUUCUGUGGCUGCUUCAAUUCCCCAAACGACUGAUGUUAGCGAUUCCGCCAUUUCUGAUAAUAAUAAUAACUUUAUUUCUAUAGUGCUCUUAUCCUACAUUUAAGGCACUUUACAGUCAUUAUUGAAAACUAUUUACAAAUUUACAACCAUUUCCUAUUAUUUACAAUGGGUAAAAAGGAAAAAAUUAAACCUAAAGCAACUAUUAAAGCAUAUUCAUAAUGAUAAAAAAAAGGGAAAAAUUAAAACUAACUCAAUAUAUACAAAUCUAUAAAAACAAUGAUCCGUUAUUACUGAAUUUAGUAAACAAGUACGUCUUAAGUGAUCUUUUAAAACUCGAGAUGGUGUUGGACUUCCGAAUUUCAUAGGGUAUUAAGUUCCAUUCUGAAGUGCAGUCUCGGUGCUGUGAAAAAUCUUGUAUCUGAUUGAAGAGGCUCGUGUAGAUCAUUUUCGCCAAGAUAGCUAUUCAAUUACACAAACACUGUUUUCUCUAUCAAUUUAGAUAGGAACUUUGAAUUUGAUACAGGGCGAAAAUUACUAAACUGCUCAAAGUCUGCAUUUAAUUUCUUAAGAAUAGGUGAUAUAAGCGCCACCUUAAGUUCCUUGGGCAGCAAUCCAGAUGACAAUGACAAAUUAAUCAUCCUGCUAAAUAUAGGGACAAGACUAGAAUAGCAUUUCCGCAUGAUACUGGCUGGAAGUGGAUCCAAUGCGCAUGCCUUAAUAGUUGAACCCCUAAUCAACCCUAAGACGUCUUCAUCUCUUACCAUUGUGAACUUGCUAAAGCAUGACGUACACUCAGAAUCCUCCAUGGUGCGCUCCCCCAGCUGCUCUUUUCUAACCAGCAACUCAUCAUGAAUUCGCACAAUCUUCGCACUAAAGAAAUCAGCAAAGGCAUUUGCGAGUUCUUGGUCACUGUUCGCAGACGGAUAUCUUUUGUCCAUACUCCUUUGCAGUAAUUUAUCAACUGUGCGAAAAAGUAAUUUACUAUCAUGGGCAUUUUCCUGAAUAACUGCUGAAUAAUGCUGUUCUUUCGCCUUGUAGAGCAUAUCAUUCACAACAUUGCACUGUUCCAUAUAAUUUACCCUGUCAAUUUCAAGACCAGUCGAAUGCCAUUGACGUUCAAGCCUUCGCCUUUUCCUCCUCUGAGUAGCGAUCUCCUCAUUAAACCAAAGAGCAUUAGGUCGAAUGACAAUAGUGCAAGUUCUUUUAGGUGCCAACUUGUCCAAAGCCCUGCAUAACACCUCAUCAUACUCCUUUGCGAAUGACUCAACACUUUGCGAGAUACACCCGUCUGAUAAACCAGCCGAUCCAAUCAUCUCAUUGAAAGCAUCAAAAUCAAAUCCCUUUAAUUUACGAGAGACAACAGGCUGGUUUGUCUUCUGGCCCUUCUCUGUCCCCGGAGACCGUGGCCUUGAUUGGUCAAUCGACACAAGCUGCUAUAGCAGCCGAAAGGGCCAAAAGUUCAUCUUUGCCCACGACGUCUAUCUCUUCUAGGGCUAUUGGAGUGUUCCUGCUAUCACAACACCAGCAGCGAUUGUUGCUCAACCAUCUA